AUGGAAUCUAUUUCCGCAACCGGUUACACCACCAGCCGCGUGUACACUACGUCCUCGUUAUCGGGUUCCAGUAGCUCAACAGCCGCUUACGCCGCCGCGCCGUUACGCUCGUCCCAUCACCUCGUGCCGUCGGCAUCCAAGAUUCGUCGACAACCUCUCGCGCUGCCCUCGCCAGCGUGUCGCGCCCAUCGUCGCGGCUUUCGCAAUCCGUCGCACGGCGGUGCCGACGAAACCCGAGGCGAUCGCCGGAGUCUCGUCGUCAGCGCCAGCAGUCGCCGGAGCAGGGGGUGGGACGACGCGGGCGAAGAAUCGAGGAGGAGCGACGAGGUUCAGCGCAUGCUCGUGGACAUCGUGCGGCUCCAGAUGGGCGAGGUGCGCAUGAACUCGCUGGUGGAGGAGCGCUCGGCGCGCUUGAGGAGAAUCGCGCGCGACAGCCACGAGCAGCUGGAUCGCAUCGCCGAUCGUACCAUGAAAGGCGUCGACGACCUGAGCGACAGGGUGCUGCGCCAGCUGGAUGCGGGGGCAUACGCUAUCGAGAGAGACUUGGAAAAAGCACGCCAGGAAAUGGAGGCCCAGCAGAAGGACUUUGAGGAGUUUGAGCGGCGCGUUUACUCCUCACGCAACGAGGGUCUAUUCUUCAAGAACCUCUACUCCCCCUCCUCUUCCUCCUCCUCUCUCUCCUCCCGCCGCCGCCGCCCCCUCAGCCGCCGCCCGUCCUCCUCCUCGUCCUCCUCCGCGCCUCCGUCCUCCCCUGCCUUUCGCCAGUCCCGCGCUGCCAAGUCCCGAACUGCCGCUGCAGCAACAGCCAUGUCUGCCACUGCUGCAGAGGCUGCUCUCUUAGAAAACUCCCCUGCAUCGAGCAGCAGCAGUGGCAGCAGUGGUGGUGCUGGAGGGUUGCGGUCUAAUGGGGUCCUUAUCUCAGACAGAAUCAACACGCGGGAUGGGGAUGAGGGGCUGUGGGAUGAUGCUUGUGACGGCGAGGUGGAGCAGGAGGGGCGGGCGGAGGGAGGAGUAUCCAUGUACAGACGUAUCCUCCAUGCGGGUAUCUCGCUCGUGCUUGUGUCCUUCCUCUGGAGCUCCACAACUGCAUUCGUAAGUGGCCAUACAAUGCGGUUCUCCAAGGUAGCUGCGUAUACUGCUAUCCUCUCAGCCAUGCUGCUGCAACUCAAGUUCGAAAAAGAAAUAACUGGGGAAGACAAUGUUGAAGAAAGUGAUCAGGAAGAGGAGAUGACUGCGUUGCUCCGCGAUUUGCGGGGAAGCAGAAAGCCGUUGCUUGAUCUCGAAGGACCUGCCGUGGCGGACAUCAUGGGGUUCUCAAUCCAGGCGUCCAACAUCUCGUACAAAGCGUCAGAAAAGGACAUUUACGAGUUUUUCUCCUUCUCCGGAGAGAUCACUGGCAUUGAGACGAAAACGGAUCUAAAGAAGGGCCAGGUGGCGUACGUGACAUUCGCGGAUGAGAGGGCGUUGGAAACAGCUCUGCUUCUGACGGGCGCCGUAAUUGUGGACGAGCCAAUCAUAGUGGAGGUGGCGGAGGGGUAUGAACCCCCUCAGAGAGCCUCCCACGUGGCGCAGGAGGUGCAGCGGGCUGUUUCCGCUCAGUCUCCUGCCAAGUCUGGAGUCCCUAGCUUCACAGCUCCAGACAUCAAGUCUGCAGAAGGGGUAGUGGCGUCCCUUCUCGCAUCAGGCUACAUUCUAGGGAAGGACGCAGCAAGCAAGGCCAAGGAGUUUGACACCAAGCACGAUCUCAGCCGUACAGCCGCCAUCCAGGUCGCUGCUCUGAAAGAGCGGACGGUCGAAACCGCUGCCACGCUCGACAAGAAAUACGCCAUCUCGCAAAAGUUUUCCGAGACCAAGGAGACGGUCGCACGCUCCUGGACGUCUGUCGACGAGCAGUACAAAGUUUCGCAAACUGCCCGGGGGGCAGCGGCUGCAGCAGAGGCGUCGAUUUCCGAGGCCGGACAGUAUUUGAUGAAAAACCAGUAUGUGGCGUCUAGUGCGAGCUGGUUAGCCGGGGCGUUUGGGAAGCUUGGGGAGAUUGUUGGAGAGGUGAAGCAGCAGACGCUACAGAAGGUGCAUCAGGCAGAGGAGGAGAGAGGGGAGGUCCCAACCGUUUCUGUCGAUGGUGGUUCGAAAACUGCUCCCGGCGGUUACAGUGCCGUCUCGGGUGCAGCUGGUUACGAUGACGAUAAGCCUGGCUCUGCUGCUGGUGCUGCCGCUGCUGGUGCUGGUGGUGGGGUUACCGCUGGUACUACAGGCUCAGGUGGUGGUGCUUUGGACCACGGUCCUCCUCUCUUUGCGUCAUCUGAUGCUGCUGCUGCUGGUCCUGUCGCUUCUGCUCCUGCCCCUGCCCCCACACCUGCUCCUGUCGGGUCUCUCAUGGACGAUGUUUUCUCGCCUGGCCCUGCUGCUGCUCCUACUGCUGUUUCUUCUGCCCCGGCUGUGUCCGCAUCGCCGGCAAAACUCCAUACAGAAGAGCCACCUUUGUUUUGA